GCAGCUUUCUUCUUCCUUAUUUUCUAGUGCACGCCAUGGCCUUCAUCUCCUCAAGCCUUCUUAUUCUUUCUCUUAUUUCCCUAGUGCUUUACUCGGCUCAUUCCCAGCUUUCUCCCGGAUUCUACUUUAGAACUUGCCCCAACUUGCAAGGCAUUGUUCGCUCAACCAUGACAAGAGCUGUAGCUAAUGAACCCCGCAUGGCUGCUUCUAUUCUUCGUCUCUUCUUCCAUGACUGUUUCGUUAAUGGCUGUGAUGGUUCGAUUCUCCUUGAUGACACCGCAACGUUCACGGGAGAGAAGGGUGCGUUCCCGAACAAAAACUCAGCGCGGGGGUUUGAAGUCAUCGACACUAUAAAGUCAAAUGUUGAGGCCUCGUGCAAUGCAACUGUCUCCUGUGCUGACAUUCUCGCUCUUGCGUCACGUGACGGAGUGGUAGCGCUGGGAGGGCCUUCAUGGUCCGUCAGCCUCGGCCGAAGGGAUGCAACAACAGCCAGCCAGAGUUCAGCCAACAACGAUCUCCCCGGCCCAUCAUCCUCCCUCGCCACUCUCAUCUCCAAAUUCUCCUCCAAGGGUCUCAGCCCCCGCGACAUGACCGCCCUCUCCGGCGCCCACACCAUCGGCCAAGCCCAAUGCCAAUUCUUUCGCUCUCGUAUCUACAACGACCUCAACAUCAACCCCAACUUCGCCACUCUUAGACAAUCCACCUGCCCGUCAUCCGGCGGGGAUACCAACCUAGCCCCGCUCGACUCGCAAACCCCAACCCAAUUCGGGCCGGAUUAUUACCAGAACUUAGUCGGAUUGCGCGGGCUGCUGCAUUCGGAUCAGGAGCUUUUCAGUAAUGGAACACAGGAUGCUUUGGUGAGACAAUACAGCGUAAAUAGGAAUCUCUUCUUCAGUGAUUUUGCUGCGGCUAUGGUGAGGAUGGGAAAUAUUAGUCCUUUGACUGGAAGCAGCGGGGAGAUUCGCUUGAAUUGUCGGAAGGUGAAUUCAUGAUUGCUUGAUGGUGGAUUGGGGGUCAACUAAUUAAGUUUGGGAGUUUGAUUUUGCGUUGGAUUAGUUUUGCGUUGUGUGUAAGCGCGAUAGUCAGAUCGGCCGGCGAAAAGUCGCUUGGGAUUGUGUUUGAAUAAUUUUUGGUUUAGUUUAUUUGAUGUUUAAACUUAUGUUUUUGGAUGUUUUGCGUGAAUCGAAUGGGUCUUUGUCCUGAUUUUGGAUGCCAGCUUGACUUAUCUAGCUGGCUCGCUUUUGAUUAUUUUGAAAA